AUGGCCAAUACCUCAAGAAGCAGCAACGAUGGCCACGGGCCAGUCCAGCCACCGCCAAGACCGCGAUUCCUGUUCGAAGUGACCAGAGCAGAAAUGGACAGAAUCGCAGAACUCGGCUAUAGAGAAUGCGAGAUCCCAGGCGCAAUCAACCCCAACUGGCGUCUAAUGCUGUCCCCCUACGGGAUGGCCCUCAUCAUCAAAACCCCCCCGUACCCAGCGUUAGGCGUGGAGGAAAACCUCUUCAACUGCGCUGUUCCGGAUGACCCCGAGACGCGCAUCUUGGUUUGCUGUGGCAACCUAAAAGUAUUUCGAUGGAUUUACCUGCCACAUAUGGAUCUGGAAUGGCCGUUCAUGGCUCUAGAUUAUCCCUAUCCCAACAGGUGCUGGUUCAUCGCUUACCUUGACCCUUACCCGCUUGGGGUGGAACAUGGUGGCGUGCUCCAUCGGGAGAGACCACAGGAUUCUCUACCUAAUGACCCUGCCCUUGUGGCGAAACUCAUGGCUCUGCAUCCUGAGAUUUCCUCGGUGUCGGACCUACAUCGGGAGUAG